AUGGUUGUGGAUGCCUCGGGGAUGCAACAGGAAAAGGAGGGCAAGGAGGCGAUGCACCACUGUCUGAGUCUCCUACACCAUCCAAGUAGACACAAUGCUUCAAACCUCACCUAUUUCUCAAAAUACGUCGAGACUUGGGAAUCGAUUCCAACAUAUCGAUUUGUCGGCUUGUGUCCCGGUGACCCACCUACGGUGGGCAUGCUACUGGAGAUGCAAGCUCAGCUUAGUUUUAUGUACAAAACCAAAAAUGGCGAGACAAGAUGCCAAAUCGUCCGUCUGGCGCCACCGGCUGCUAAUUCCUCCACUUCAAAUACUGUGGUCCCACGAAAUGCAACUCGUCCGGCCUCACUCGUUCCAGUGGAUAAGAAAAGGAGACACAAUCUUACAAGCUCCAUGAUAAUCUCGGAGUCUGCUCUGACAACCUGCGACAAUAAGACCCGCGAAAUGGGUGUUUAUCUUGAUCCUGUGGGGGGACUACCGCCCUGGGUCAUCAGACUCACCUGGCGUCGUAAGGCUGAGUACUACGAGGACGGUGAGGUGGGAUGGAGCAGCGUGGGCGCCCACGUCGGCGCGCUUUCAGGGACCUUCAGUCUCACGAAGGUUCAACUGGACUACAGCCUCUCUCUUUUUCCAGAUGCCGAUCCAGCGGAAGCGGACGGCGGCCUCGUUGCUGUGCGUGACAACAUGGAGAGGUUUCGUGCACGCGCUGGCGACUUUUACCAGUGCGUGUCUAGUCGACACAUUCUUCUCACUGCACCUCCGACCGGCAACCUGACUACCUCCAUAGACACCACUAAAGGACCUCAAGUCAUUUUGACAACGCGUAGUAUUCGUCUCCAGUCGUUUAGUGACAAUAGCCAAAACAAAUUCACCGGUUCUGGAGUAACAUGCGGCGACGACGUACACGAGGACCAUACGCUGACAAUCGGAAUCGGCGCUUCGGUCUUCAUCGUCGUGGUGGUUUCAGCCAUAGGCAUUAUUCUCACUCGAUUGUAUGAUCGCGACAAGGAGCUGCAGUCCUACGAGGUUGAGUACAUGAAAAUGACCAGCAAAGGUCUACUGCCUCCGGUGCCAGCCUCCACGGGUGGCGGCGAAGCGCGAGUUAUUGGCAAGGCCUCAGCCUCCCCAGCUUAG